AUGGCGGAAGAAGACAAUUUUGACACGGCGGCCAUGUUCGAGGACCCCGAGGGCUUCUAUGAACCCGAGCCCGAGCCCACCUUUGCAGAGCAUCACAUGCUCUCCGGCCAAAAAGUGCGCGUGCGCCUCGUUGGUAGCCAUCCUCUCUAUGGAAACCUCCUCUGGAACGCCGGCCGAACCAGCUCCCACUACAUCGAGGAACGCGCCAGCACACUAAUUGAGGGGAAGGAUGUCCUCGAAAUCGGUGCCGCCGCCGGUGUCCCGAGUAUCGUCAGUGCCAUUCUGGGCGCCCGCACCACCGUGAUGACCGACUACCCCGACCUGGAUCUUGUUCAAAACAUGCGCUACAAUGCCUCGUUGGCUGAGCCUCAGAUCGCGAACCCUGGCUCCCUCCAUGUUGAUGGAUAUAAAUGGGGAAACCCGGUAGAGCCGCUGCUUGCGUGCCUGCCAGCUGGUGCGACGGGCUUUGAUGUGCUUAUCAUGGCAGAUGUGGUUUACAGUCAUCGCGAGCAUCCCAAUCUGAUCAAGACGAUGCGGGAGACCCUGAAGCGGACCAAGGAGGCCGUCGCGUUGGUGAUCUUCACGCCAUAUGAGCCAUGGCUGUUGCCCAAGACGGAGAAGUUUUUCCCGCUGGCGGAGGAGAAUGGCUUCCAAGUAACUAAGAUAUUUGAGAAGCUUAUGGAUGAGGUGUUGUUCGAGAAUGACCCAGGUGAUGAACGUUUGAGAAGGACGGUCUUUGGAUAUGAACUUCGCUGGGCAGAGGAGGAGCUGAAAUAG